AUGCGAUGUCGCGCUUGUAGUGCUAUCGUCCCUUGGGCGGCUACUUGUCGGUUCUUCAUCUCCGGACUGAACGCUUCUACUCAUCUCGGUUAUGUGGAAUGGUCCACUGGUGGCCUAGAUGGCGGCAUACUCAUGCAAGUUCCAAUUGAGAAUAUCAGGCGGGCUUUUCUCAGAUUCUGCUGGUAUGUCCUGGACUCUUUACAAGUUGACAGCAUUCCAUCGUCAAGCAAGUUUACGUCAUGA